AUGGCUGCGGUCAAAGAGCUGCUGGCGAGCCCAUCACCCAGCCCCUCGCCAGCCAGAGACCCCAAAGGCGACACAGACGUCAACGACAUGGACGCCAACAGCAGACUCCGUCAAAGCCCCGUCAUGCUUCAUGAGAUAUCUCCUCGCGGCACCCCCGAGGAGGGGGACACAAGGAUCCUGGCUAUUGUCUAUGAACAGAGCCAAGAGCACAUGGUUACCAUGUUCGCCGAGGUUUUGGGCAAGCCUUUCAGGUUAAAGGACGGCUUCCAACACGUGACGCCAGGUGAGCGUGGAUGCAUCAUCGGCAUCCCGGCUGAGAAAGCAAAGGCCGACGUCGAAGCGAGGCAUCACAAGCUCGUCGUCGCUGUCUACGCUCGCUGUAUCGAUUUGGAGGUGCCGCCAGAUCCCACGCUAUCCGACCAUUGUGACUACGAAUUCCUGUACACCGACUCGCCGUUUCUCCGGCGUUAUCUCGCACGCUUCGUCUCCCUCACCCUAGGGCAGCUCAGCCAUCACGAGGAGCUCAUGGCAAAGCCACGGACGUACUUUAUCUCUACAACCUUUCCGGAUGUCCGACCUGCGUUGCCCGAUCUUGACAUCCUCACCGUGGGCUCCGAUGCGGUCGAGAUCCGGGUCGAUCUCCUUCGAGAGUCCAUCGGCGAUGGCGUCUUUGCCAAAAUCCCCAGCCUGCGCUAUGUCGGCGAGCAGGUGAUGCUGCUGCGGCAGCGCACGGAGCUUCCUAUCAUCUUCACAACGAGAUGCACCAACGAGAAUGGCAAGUUUCCCAUGGACGACCCUGACCUGUAUCACCGAUACCUCUACAAGGCCAUUCAGUGGGGCGUCGAGUACAUCGACGUCGAGCUAUGGCUGCCCGAAGCCAUCAGACGGGACCUGUACGCGAGGCGUGGACAUUCGCGCAUCAUGUCGGCGUUCCAUGACUUUUCAGGGACAUUCCGCUGGCCUUCGCAGUACGCGCAAGAGGUGUUUCAGCGCUCGUGCCCGUACGCCGACUUGGUCAAGAUGAUUUCCAUUAUCAACGAGCCUAGCGAGAACCUGGAGCUUGAGCAUUUCCGGUCCCAAAUCCGCUUCGAGUUUCCCAAUGCGCCGCCGUUCUCGGGAGUAAACAUGAGAGAGGUGGGCCAAAUUUCGCGCACUCUCAACAAGGUUUUCACCCCCAUCACUCAUCCGCUGCUACCCAUCGUCGCGGCCCCCGGCCAGAUGAGCACAGCCGAGAUCCACGGCGCCUUGGCCAUGCUCGGCCAGCUGCCCAAGAAGAACAUUUACGGGAUUAGCAGCUCGGCUUUCCGCAGUGCCGUUCCACAGGCGCCCUUCUACGUAAAGUGCUUCAACGAGCUUGGGCUGCCUCAUCACUUUGCCGUGGUCGAGCGACAGCCCGACGACUAUGCAGGCACGGAAGCCUUGUGCAACCAGAGGGACUUUGGCGGUGCCUCUCUAGACCCUGGUGUGGCCCAUCAGACACUCACGACGCACAGCGAAUUCUUCGCAAGCCUCAACGAUAGCCGUGGCCCGACCUUGACCGAAGCCGCCCGGGCCAUUGGCAUCGUGGAUACCAUUGUAGUCGACACAAAACCAUCCGCAUCAACGGCGCCUCUCUCAAUGAUACCCCGCCUGCCGCAUCUCAAGGACGAACCGUCAUCGCCACCACAUCAGUCGGGCCUGAGCUCGAAUGCGUCUCUCAUCUUUGACAAUGCCGGCUGGAGAGGCAUCAUGCACACUCUGAUCCGCGAUCUAGCCCCGUCGGCGUACUUUGGACGGUCCGCGGUGGUGGUGGCGUCAACUUGCGACGAUGCGGCACCCACAUUCUACGCGCUCAAGGCGCUUAAAAUUGCAAAGAUCUACACCGUCGGCUUCCGGACGCCGCCGGCGCUGGCCCGUAGCGCGCCGCCGAUCGAGCAGUUUAUCAGCAUGGAGUCGCUCCAGCGCGCUCGGUCCGUGGCCGAUGACAGGGCUCCUUUCGUCAUCGUGUCGGCACUCGGGCCUGAGAAGAGCAAUCUUGUCAGCAUGCUUGUGCGGGUCUUUGGCGCGACGGGGCCGCGGAACGGAUCGAGCACGAAGGUCUUCUUGAAUCUCGCCGAUGUGGCCGCGCAGAGCACGAGCGACCCGAGCGAGACGGCCGAGAGGAGCGGUUUUGCGGCGUACGAUGCGGCGGACGUGGCGGCGUUUUCGACGGUGGAGAGCCUGCGGUUGCUUGUUGGGCAGAAUGUGCCCUACAACUUCGUGAGGCUGGCGAGCGGAAGGAAUCCCUUCUGA